UAGCGGAAGUGCCUCUUCUUGAGAGUGGAGGAUUCGCUUCCGGGCGUUGCUGGCCGAGGGAACAGAGCGGGGAGCAGCGUCGGCGGCGUCAGCCGGGGGGAAGGUGGCACUCGGGCCAGGACCGAGCUCCCUCCGGCGGACCCGCCAUGUGAGGAGACUCCCGACGCCCCCUCAGGUUACACCAUACACCAGAAGACAUGGACAGCAGCAGUUUAAUCCAGUUUGACGUUCCCGAGUACAGCAACACCGUACUGAGCCAGUUGAAUGAGCUCCGCCUGCAGGGAAAGCUUUGUGAUAUCAUUGUGCAUAUUCAGGGUCAGCCGUUUAGAGCUCACAAAGCUGUCCUAGCUGCCAGUUCUCCAUAUUUCCGUGACCAUUCUGCAUUAAGUACCAUGAGCGGCCUCUCAAUAUCAGUUAUUAAAAAUCCCAGUGUCUUUGAACAGUUGCUUUCUUUUUGUUACACUGGAAGGAUGUCCUUGCAACUGAAGGAUGUUGUCAGCUUUCUAACUGCAGCUAGUUUUCUGCAGAUGCAGUGUGUCAUUGAUAAAUGCACACAGAUACUUGAAAGUAUCCAUUCAAAGAUCAGCGUCGGUGAAGUUGACUCUGUCACUGUUGGUGCUGAAGAUGCUCCGGAAAACCACAAUGGUGUUAAAGAUGACAGUUAUUUUGCCAAUCCAGUGGAAAUCUCUCCUCCCUAUUGCUCUCAGGUGCGGCAGUCUACUUCGGGCAGUGAUUUAAGAAUGGAAACAACUUCCAACAAAUCUUUCCGUAACCGUCUACAAGAAGAAGGGCACUCAGACCGUGGUAGUAGCGGGAGCAUUUCGGAAUAUGAGAUUCAGAUUGAAGGUGAUAAUGACCAAGGGGACUUGGUAGUCAGAGAGAGCCAGGCUGCUGAGGUGAAAGUUAAAAUGGAAAAAUCUGACCGGCCAAGUUGCUCAGAUAGCUCUUCUCUUGGUGAUGAUGGGUACCACACUGAAAUGGUGGAUGGGGAGCAAGUAGUGGCUGUUAACAUUGGCUCCUACAGUUCUAUAUUGCACAAUGCCUACUCAUAUUCCCAUGGCUCAUCCCAGUCUGCUAAUGCACCUGACACCUUUGGAAGCCUGAGAAGCUCAAGCUCUUCAAGAUCCAUGCUAGGCUCUCUUAGAGGCCGCGGCCGUCAAAAACGGAUCUCGACUAGCUACUUGCAUAGUGAUAUUUCAGCACAAGGAGCUGAUGGGGAACCUGCAGUGAAUCACCCAGGUUAUGAAAACAGUGCACGGGAAAGGAAUUCAAGAGGUCACUGGUAUGCAUACAGUGAAAGAUUAAUCUGUAUAUACUGUGGGAAAUCUUUCAACCAGAAAGGGAGUCUUGAUAGGCACAUGAGGCUGCACAUGGGAAUAACCCCCUUUGUGUGCAAAUAUUGUGGGAAGAAGUACACGCGCAAGGACCAACUCGAGUACCAUAUCCGUGGCCACACAGAUGACAAACCUUUCCGCUGUGAGGUCUGUGGAAAAUGUUUCCCUUUCCAGGGAACUUUAAACCAGCACCUGCGAAAGAAUCAUCCCGGUGUAGCAGAAGUAAGAAGCAGAGUUGAGUCUCCAGAAAGAACAGAAGCCUAUAUCGAACAGAGAGAUGAUGAUGCUUCAGCCUCUGAAACGCUGGAUUAUAACAUGGAUGUACAGACAUCUGAUUAAAAUUUACUGCGUCCCUCAUUGCAACUCAAACAAAGCACAUUGAUCAACACAUUUCCUUCUCGUUUCUUUGAUAAGUUUUGUAACAGGUAUAACAGCAUUGUCAUUUUCCUGUUUUUGCAAGUCUUCUGGGCUCUGUUCCUGGACAGAAGGCUACUGACUUUUUCCUUUUUUUUUUUUUAAGGAAGUAGGGUUAGCUUUACUCCUAAAAAUGUUUAUAAAGGGCAUAAUAUUUUGCAAAUGAUGCACGAAGAAGGAGGGAGGUUGGGGCUUCAACAGUGAAAGAUACUAAAAGCAAGGCAGAUAUGGCCGAAUAGUAUAUCCUCUCCUUUUGUGCUUUGUGCAGCCUAAUCCUAUGUAGGUAUACUUGGAUGCAAGCCCUACUGAAUUCAGUAGGACUUGCUUCCAGUAGUGUGCUAGGAUGGCAGCCUUAACAAACAUGUAGGAGCAUAAGGUAUGCCUCCCAGAGUCUCAUCUAUGUGUCAUACUAAGUUGUGGGUUUGGGUGGGUGUUUAUUUGUUGUUGUUUGAAUAACUAUUUUGAUAGCUUUGAAUUUUAUAUAAUAUAUAUUAUUAUAUAUAAACAUAUAUAUGAUGUUCACUUUUUCUCUUUUGGUUGGGGUGAAUGUAGAAGUAUCUUAAAUGGAAAGGAGAAAAACCUCUCUCUAAAAGGCUUUCAACUUUUAA